AUGCGCUUUAAAAGCUCACGGACAGUAGAGCGAGAGCUCAAAGCUUUAGUCAGCUCACCUGAAAACGCCAAUCGAUGCGGUGAAUGUGGGGCCACCUACCCAACGUGGUGUUCUGUGAACCUGGGGGCCUUCUUAUGCGGGCGGUGCGCGGCGGUCCACCGCAAGGUGCUCACGGGCGAGCAGGGGGGGCCGGAGUCGCAUGUUAAGUCUCUGACGCUGGACCGCUGGACCGUGGACGAGCUAGAGGAGAUUACCAACAGCGGCGGGAACCGCCGGAAUCACCACACCUGGAAUGUGCGCAACGUGGCCUUCCCGUAUGAUGGUGACGAUGACCGCAGCCGCGUGGAGGACUUUAUCCGCAACAAGUACAUCGUGGGCAAGUUCGGGCAGGGCGGGGGGCGCGGAAGCGGAUACCGGCCAGACUCCUCGUCCCGGAGGGGGCACGACGAGUUUGCAGACCGUCGUUCGCGCUCUGCGUCUUUUUCGCGCUCCUCGAAUCGUAGCUACAGCUCGCUGAAUAGCGCCAGUCCUCCUCGGAGUGGGGGAAUUCCCCUCCUGACUCACCGUACCGUGCAUGACCACGAGAUCGGUCGGUACGGCAGUCAGCUGGCGACUAUGAAAAGUCUGGGGUAUUCCGACACAGACGCCAUUGUGGAGGCUCUGGUGCUAUCCCGGGGUGAUAUUAACGUGGCGUUAGAUAUCCUCGAUAAAGAUGCGAAGCUUCGGAAGGAGUCACCGGCACCGCCGCCGCCCCCCCCUCGCCCCACGUCGCCCGCCGCCAGCGGCACCAGGAGCUCUCCUCCAAAGCCACAGCCAGCCGUCUUCGACGGCUUCAAUGGUAUCCAGCCACAGACCACACAAGCCCAGACCUUUGAUGGCGGCGUCCAGCAGUACCUCGACCCCGUGACCGGCCAGAUCUACGUGGACCAGAGCCAGUAUUUGCAAGCCAUGCAACAGCAGCAGCUCCAGCAACAGCAGCUCCAGCAACAGCAGCUCCAGCAGCAGCAGCUCCAGCAACAACAGCUCCAGCAGCAGCAGCUCCAACAGCAGCAGCUCCAGCAGCAGCUCCAGUUCCAGCAGCUCCAGCAGCAGCCUACAGCUGUCGACAAGAACGCGCUCAUGGCUCUUUACAGCAGGCCGGACCUAUAUUCCAGUCCGGUGGAAAUCCGUCCUGAUAAUCCCCAGUAUGCUGCACUACAGCAGCAGCAGCAGCAGCAGCAGCAGCAGCUCCGACUCCAGCAGACUAUGAACCAGCAGCAGCCCAUGCUUUUCGCACAGCAGAUGCCGCAGCAGAUGCCACAGUUCCCCCAGCAAUAUCCACAGCAGUUCCCCCAGCAGUACCAGCAAUCUAACCAAGGCACGCAACCCCCAACGGCCUCGCAGGGCGCUUAUCCUGGCUACAACUACCAGAUGUAG